AUGGAUUCAUCAAAACCCCAAAUUAAUAUAGCUUUGUGCUUUACGAGCUUUUCGCUCUUCCCUAAAGAGAUACAGCUUGAAAUUUGGUUCCAGGCGCUUCCAAAAGGACAACUCGUCUACCAUGAUUCUUUUGGACCAUUCGAACCAUCAAGGCCCUCCGCGCUAUACUACACCUGUCUCGAUUCCCGCGAGGUUUAUCUUAAACACUACAAGCAACUAUACCUUCACAAUAUCACCUGUCCUAAUAAGGGGGGAACCAGUGGCGACACAUACCGUUCAUUCUACAACCCAAUAAAGGAUACACUUGUAUACAUAUGUGCCGAUCACCUUUUACUUCAACAAACCCGCUGUUGUAGCACAGAGAAUGACUUGCUCUCUCAAGCUCGUCACAUCGCCUUUGUAGCUGGCCGAGAAUGUUAUGCUCCACACGUAUCACCUACGUCGCACAAUCCCAGAUAUGGCCCAUUGGCUCUGUCACCAGAAUUGGGACUUGGACUUUGGAAGUAUAUUUACGAACAUUUCCUCUACAUCAAUCCUGUAGUCGAAUCUGUUGCUUAUGUGGUUGGAAGGUCUACGAUCAACAAGACAGCUAGAUUAUACCCUGAGAUGAGGUUGGUAACGACGAUGGAAGAGAUCGGCAAGCAUCCAUUAUUCAAGUGGACGCAGUUGAGCAAUAUCGGGAAGAAGUAUUACGAGAACACGAUCAAUGAUAUUCGCAGUGGUUUUGAGAAGUUGAAAGAGUUGCAUCCAGAAGCGAAAAUUCCGCGAAUCGAAAUGGCGUUCCCGAGGAAAAAAUACGCGUCAAAAUAG